GCCCUGCCGGGCUGUGACAGCCCCGGGACAGCAGUGACAGCACGGAUCCCUUCCCUGCCGAGACAGCCGCGGCCUGUGUGAGGAGCAGCCCGCCCGCGGAGCAGAGACAGCCCAACAUGGAGAACUGCACUCACAGAGGUGCACAUGGCAACAUUGUGGUGCUUCAGCUGGUUGUGUACAUCCCAGUGCUCGUUCUGGGGAUCCCACUGAACGCAAUUGCCUUAUGGGUCUUCUGCUGCAAAAUCAAGAGGUGGACCGAGACCAAGGUGUACAUGAUCAACCUCAUCAUGGCAGACUCUUCCCUGCUCUUCACCCUGCCUUUCCUUCUGUAUUUUACCAGCUACAGACAUCCUAUAGACCGGCUGUGUUUAACCAUACAAAACAUCUAUUUUACAAACAUGCCUAUGAGCGUCUUCAUGAUCACCCUGAUUGCGAUUGAUCGAUACCUUGCAAUCAAGUUCCCUCUAAAAGCAAAGAUCCUUCGAUCCCCACUGAAGUCAGCUUCUGUCUGUGGCUUUUUCUGGAUAGCAACAAUAACUUAUUCCCUUUUGUAUCGCACACAUCGCGGUAACCAGGACGGUUUUUGCUUUCAGAAACAAUCUCUUCUACCUAAAUAUUCCUCCUUAUUCUACAGCAUCUGUGGGUACUUUAUUCCCUUAGGGAUUGUGAUGUUUUGCUCCGUACAAAUCAUCAGAUGUCUAAAAAAGAAGAUGGCCACAGGCCCUCAUGAGACAAAAUUAUUCCAGAAGGCUGUGCAGAUAGUUUCUGUGAAUUUGUGUGUGUUUGCUGUCUGUUUCUCACCUUUCCACAUCUCACUGCUCUUGCGGUUUGCGGUGGAAACUGCUGGAGCUUGUUCUCUGAUGCCAGGAGUUAUAACCUACAUUAAGGUCUCUGCAUGCUUAGCAAAUUGUAACUGCUGUCUGGAUACAUUUUGCUAUUAUUUUGCAGCCAAAGAAUUUCCAGAGUUUUCUUCUAUGUUCCCCAAGUGUAUAUUUAUCAGGUCCAAGAUGAACCAAAGCAAAGAGUCACAGCCACCCACGGAUCAAGUGAUGAUAUGAACAAGGUGUAGUGCAUGGCAGGUGUUGAGUGCCACAAAGCUGCUCAAGUUUUGAGGCACAGGCAAUGGAGCCACAUGCAGUGUUUGCAAUCAUUGUAGGCACAGGCAUAUGGACAAAAAGGGGCAAACCCCUCCAAAGGGUCUGAUGUUAACUUGAAUUUUGUCCUGCUGUCCUCAGUGACUUGACUCCAGCCCUGACUACUGUCUUGUAUCGUUGCAUCGCAGCUCCAGGCGCCUCCUGGUGACAGCUUGUCUUGGUUGGCUUCAUGGUCCUUCACUUUGAGUGACUUGUAAAAACUCCAAGAUAUUUCCUCCUGAGACUGCAAGCUCACAUUCUGCUGAUGUAAACUUCCUUAGUGACAAGUGACAUCCAGUUCCCCUACGAGUGUGUCACCACGCGGUAGUGACACAGGUGCAGACCACAGUCUGAAACCACUGACUAGACCUUGCUGAAAUAAACAAAGGACUGUUCCCAGCACGGAAAGUGUCCCAUAUCCAGACAUUAGAUCCACCUGCUUUGUGUCAAUGCUUGGGCAGACAACACAGCACAAGCUGCAGUGAGCAACGGUGCCGUAAGAACAGAUGAAACUACUCAGGCCGUUCAGCUGAUAACUCCAGUCCCGGUUUUCUUCACUGGUGUAUUUUCUAAUGCUCUGGCAUUACUGGUAUUUCACUGCAAGCAGAGCAAGUAGCCUGUGUGUGCAUGUGACCAGUUUAACCAUUGCACACUGUUUAGUCCUCGUUCUGCCUUCAAAAUGAUCUUUUCAAAGACAGGAAAAGAUAUGGGAGACAAAUAGUGCCUGAUCUUAUCAACCAUCUAUUGCUUAAGGAGAUGUGUGAGUGUUGUCACCCAUCAACAGAUAUGCUGCAAUUAACUACCCCCAGAAAGCAAGAGGCUUCUUGACAGCCAUCUCUUACAAGCCAGGCAAGUGGUGUUCAGCAAGGAAAAACACUGCUACUUCAGGAACAGCACAGAGGGCCUUCAGAAACAUUUCUGGA